AUGAAGGAGACUAACGUCGCUCCGGGGUCUACUGUGACUCACACCUCGAAUACUCCUUCGGAUCGGAAGUCAGUCACGUUUGAUCGUGCCACGUUCCGACCUUCGUCUGCUACUGUGGCAUCCUCUCCUCUAAACGAGAAUCCCACACAGUUGGAUCCGUUCGCAGCUGUUGUCGUUCAGCGUACCGCGUCUUCUCGACACAAGUCCGCAACCAGUCGUGCUCGUCGACGUCCGCGAUCCCAGUCACGAUCUAGCUCAAGCACUACCUCAGAAGCAGCCAACAACACGCAAAGUCACCCCGAGGCUCAACAUCUUUCGCCAGCAAAUUUUUCUCAUUCCGGUCGUGCGUCCACAAAACGUUCAAGACGUAAACGGCGUACAAGCGGGCGUCGUGAACGCCAGCGUUCCGUCGUGGCUCCAGCCCCUCACGAUCCGGGUCUUUUGUUCUUCGAAUCAAAUCUCAGUCCACCGUUCCAGAAGCCACCGGUAUCGCCUUGUUCCCAGUCGGUCUCAGUUGGUGACGUCGACCGAGUCGUCGACGUUUCCACAUUAUCGACUGCGGUCCCCAGUGGCAGUGGUGGAGGCGGGAUGCGUGCCCGACACAUGGUCUCUCGUUCAGACCACGAGGCGUCCCAUCCACAUGAUUCACAGGCUUCUGGUUCACCAAUGCCGACUGUCUAUCUCCUCCCAAGUAGCGUUGCCACAGUGACCACCGGUGCUUCGCCUUCAGCAACAGCUGUUGCAACUUCAUCCGACGUGGAUGCGGAUGACGAUCACGUGCCCCGCUAUGUGACGGUUCCGGCUUACUCUGCAGCAGCGCCUACUGCUUCAACGUUUGUCCGUCGUGAACAUUCCUUAUCUUCUAUCGGUAGUGUUGGAACCCCCAUUGAUCUCACUGUGGGUGCUGCUCAGCAAGGCUCUCGAUCCAUAGCUUUUGUUCCACACCUGGUUCUUCAUAGUACACCUGCACAAGAACCUGGAACAGCCGGUUCUGUGGUGUCGCAUACCGCUUUUCCAUCCAGUUCAGGUGAGUAUUCACAAACGUUGAAUCAUCAUGUGCCUUGUCUGAGGACAAGUCACUCCAGCACAUUGCAUGCGGUUUCGGUAAACUUCAACAGGUGA